AUGUGUCGAGAUAAUAAGACGGAACAAGAAAAAAUCAACCAAUUCGAAGAUAUUUACACGAAGCACGAUGCCGUUCAAUGGUAUACUCAGAAUUCAUUUUUAUUUCGUUUAACUAAUAGAGCGUUUCGAUCAGAAGAAAUUGAUCAAAUUUAUAUUUUUCGAUUAUUUAUUACCGAUUUAUAUAAGCAGCUUUCAUCUCUCUACUCUAAACAAGAACAUAUGCAUGAUAUAAAAAUAUAUAGAGGAAGAAAACUGAUGCGCGAAGAAUUAGAACGAUUAAGAAAUAAUAUUCAACAUAUAAUAUCAAUAAACGGAUUUUUAUCAGCCACAAGUAGUCUUGAUGUUGCUCUUUGUUAUGCUCGAGCAGAGACGUCACGAGAAGGUUAUGAAAGUGUCGUUUUCGAAUUAGACAUAGGUCAUAAUCAAUCUAAAGCAUGCGUUGAUAUAUCCAAAUACAGUAAAUUUACAGAUGAAGAAGAAAUAUUAUGUACUAUAGGAACUAUAUGGUAUAUUGAAAAUAUUGACUGGAAUAAUGACACAGCCACUUGGUGGGUAAAAUUGAAGUUAACCAAUGAGAAAGCUCAACCAUCAAUGGAACUAGUAGACACACUUCGAAAACAAUAUAUAGAUGAAGAAUGUACACUAUUAAAUUUGGCUAAUGUGUUAGUUGCUGUUGGCAAGUAUAAUCAAGCACAAAAUUAUCAUAAAAUUAUGUAUGAUAAUUUAUCAGUAACUGACAAUCAAAAAAUACAAAUGAAUAAUUGUCUCGGAAUUCUCUCAUAUGAAAUAGGAGAGUUUGAUAAUGCUAUUAUGUAUUUUCAAAAGGCAGAAGAAAUUAUUAAUUCAAAACAAGAAUUAUUUAAUCAUUGUCAAGCCACAAUAUGUAUGAAUAAACAAGCAACAUAUAGUGCUCUGAACAAUUAUACAUUUGCCCAAGAAUAUUUCCAUAAAUUAACAAACAUCAUUCUUACUGGUUUAUCGGCAAAUAAACAUUUAAUGGUUAAAAUUUACAAUAAUAUUGGCCUUAGUUAUCAUAUAAACAAUGAACUUGAUGAAGCAUUAAAGAACUAUGCACGCGCUCUUGUUUCUGAUAAUCCACACUCACUAGACAGAUCAGCAGUUUAUAAUAACAUUGCAGGUGCUCAUUAUAUUAAGAAAAACUACGAUAAAGCAAAAUCCUAUUAUACUCGAGCAAUAAGUAUAGCUAUAACAUUCAGAUAA